GCGGGUUCCUGAAGGGAGCUCAUGGUCUGAAAGCAGGAACCUGCGAACACGUUUAUACACAGCAAGAUCCCAGAAGGAAGGGGCCGUACCCAGUGACCACUCGGCCUUGGCACAGGAUGCCCCCUCAGGCCCUUCGCUCCCUCGUCUCGUCUCUGCUGUCCCUCACCCUCACCCUCACCCUCGCUGAUGGACUGCAGCAGGAAGCACAGGGUCCUGGAGUUACCUAUAACACCCAGAACUCUCCGGUCAGACCCGCCUUCCGGAAGCAGCCGGAGAACAGCAGCGUGACGGAGGGAGAGGGAGCCCGCCUCGAGUGUGAGGUGGAGCCGGCCUCAGGACAGGUCCAGUGGGUCAGGGACGGGUUACUCCUGGGGCCGACUCGGGACGUGCCGGGGUUUCCCCGCUACAGCGUCGCAGGGAGCGCAGCCGCAGGGGUGUUUAAUUUGCAGAUUGACUCAGUCCAGCUGGAAGACGAUGCCUCCUUCCAAUGUCAAGUUGCACAGUCCCCAUGGGCCGCAGGUAUCGUCUCUAGGACCGCCUGGCUGGAUGUCCUCGUUGCACCGAGAGUUUCCCUGGAAGUGAAACGGGAGAACGGAGAGGGAGCAGAGAGCUGGGUCGUCGGGAACGAGUACAUCGUGCAGUGCACGGCCAGCAAUGCCAAACCCACUCCCAACAUCACCUUCACCAAAGAUGGUGUGGCAUUUUCCGGAUCAGAAGCGACAGUAAUGCCUGGCUCAAAAGCAAAACUAUUCAGCACCGUGUCAGUCAUCAGGAUCAUUCCGGAAAUCGCGGACAAUGGGAAGGAGGUGGUGUGCAGUGUGAUGAACCCGGCGUUGAGUGCUCCCAUAACGAGGGUCCUGGUGAUGAAUGUUCUGUAUCCCCCUGAGGUGCCCAGCAUCGAAGGUCAUCGAAAACAGGUCGCGGCUGGCGAGACCCUUCACUUGGUUUGCACUUCGAGGAGCGGAAACCCAUUGGCGACGCUGCAGUGGCUAAAGCUCGGCCUUCAGGAGGACGUUGUUGUGUCACAGAAAUGGGAGGCUGAUAUUCCCACAAGAUCCUCGCGCAGUUUCCUCUCGUAUCGCACUCAGCCGGAGGAUGACGGUGUGACACUGAGCUGUGAGGCCCUGAACGAGGUGACAGUGACCCCACUGAGGGCUAUCAUCACCCUCAACGUCCUGUUUCCUCCCCAUGAUGUGUCGAUCCUUGGCUCACCCACAGUCAUUGAGGGAGACCGGCUUGUCCUGUCGUGUGUUGCCUCCAGCAGUAACCCAGCUGCUCAGCUGUGGUGGUAUCGCAGUGGGAGGGAGCUGAGCACAACGGAGGUGACCCACAUGGAUGGCGGCCAAGGAGGAGUGACUACUGUCUCCAAUGUGACAUUCGUGACUGGGAGGCAGGACAAUGGGAUGACCAUUGUGUGUGAGGCAGUGAACGAAGCCUUGUUCAUCAGUCAGAGUGUGCAUGUCGUCAUCAAUGUUCACUACCCCCCGGAGAGGAUCUGGAUUCAGGGGCCCCCCAGGGACAGCUCCUUUGUAGUAGGCUCUGAAGUGACUCUGUCUUGCUUCACAACUGGGGGGAACCCCCCUCCUGACCUCCACUGGAGAAAGGGAUCAACUGCGUUACCAAGUGGGGUCUAUCAGAGUACAGGGAAACUCGCCAUGUCCAAGCUGACCAUUACGGCUGUAGCCAGCGAUAACCUCGCCGAUUACCAGUGCAGCGCCAAGAACCCAGCCACAAGAAAACCCCUGGCAGCAGUCACCAGGAUCAGAGUACAGUUUGCACCAAUCGAUAUGAACAUUACAUCUGCCGCUGAAGUGGUUCACAAAGGGGAGCUGAUCAAUUUGACAUGUCACACGGGGAGUUCCAAUCCUGUCGCAGAGAUUUCCUGGAUUAGAGACGGAAUCAGGGUUGCUGCCGAUUGGUUGAAACGAGAGGAAGCGGAGUAUGGAGGUGUGUCACUAUCGGCUGGGAUGACCAUCACUGCUUCCCCCUCGGACAAUGGGAAGCGGGUUACGUGUGAAGCUUACAGCGCGGUGCUGGAGGACACUGUUAACAGCUUUUAUCAACUCAACAUCCUGCAUCGCCCAGAGUUCCUUACGGAUCAGGUCGAUGUGAUCCCAGCUCAGGAACAUGGAGCCGCUCUCCUUCCGAUCAGAAUCUCAGCCAAUCCAUCGGAUGUCACCUACACCUGGAGCAGGAACCGGCAUAUCCUGGGAAAAGCUGGAAAAACUCGGCACCACCUGAAUGCAGACGGGUCCCUGGAGAUCUGGAAUCUGACCCGGGAAGAUGCUGGAUUUUACCGGAUCCAAGUGUCAAACCAGGAGGGAGAGAGCGAGAGGCUCAUUCACCUGGAUGUGAAAUACUCACCGCAGAUCUACUGGAUCAGUGAUCCAGCCGAGGUGGAUCUGGGGGGAUCGGUCGAGCUGCUGUGCUGUGUCGAUGCGAACCCACUGACCAGUGAGAUGUUGGGUUGGAUUUGGAUGGAUGAAGGCCGGAAGCUGACUGACGUGAUCCAGGUUUCUGUGAACAACUCGGCCAGACUCCAGGUGAACAAUGUGGAGCGGAGCCACGCCGGGAGCUACCAGUGUUGGGCAGAUAACGGGAUCCCACCAUCGGCCAGCGCCACCGCUCAGCUCAUCGUCCGGUUUAAGCCACACGUGUGGAAAGCGGUGAGUCUGGCGAAGCGCGCUGUGAGUGGAGAUGGAAGUGACUCUGCAAACCUGACCUGUAAUGCUGAGGGAAUCCCCGAUGUCAGCUUCCAUUGGGCCAGGAAUGGAGUCACCUUGGAUCUGAAUAACCCUAGAUACCUCCAGGAAACAGUCCACGACGGCCCUGUGCACACAGGCCUGUUGAGGAUCCUCAAUGUGACAGCAAACCUGGACUACGCCACAUUCUCCUGCACAGCCCAGAACCCCUUGGGAUUGGAUACGUUCCACAUCGAGUUGGUCAGCACCGGUCCCCCAGACCCCCCGACUGGCCUGGAGCUGGUUAGGAAGAAUCACAACGCAGUGAGCCUGGCCUGGGACCCAGCUUUCGAUGGGGGUCUUCCCCAGACUUUCCAAAUCAGAUAUAAGAGGGCUGACUCUCUGCGGCACCUUUAUGUUGAUGUGUAUCCCCCUGAGUCUGGAACGUUUACAGUGACUGGCCUGGUACCAGGCACAGAAUAUAACUUCUCCAUCAGAGCCCUGAACGCGCUUGGUUCCAGUGGGUAUGCCGAUUCUGGGAGAGGGCUGACCGUGGUCACGGCAGAGCAUCCAGGACAAGAUCCUUUUCCAACUGAAUCUGAUCACACGCCACCACCUCGUCCAGGGGACAGUACAAUCCCACUCCUCGUGACGUUCCUUCUCCUCGUGAUCCUCCUCAAUGUUGGAAUCGCCGUCAGCUGUGUCCACAGACUGAGAGAGAGGCGAGAACAAGCAGGAAAGAACGAUGGCAGUUCAUCAAGUGAAGGAGGCCAGUGUUUGCAGCUGAAUGAUUACGAGGAUGUCACAUCCGUACAGACCGUGUCGGCUGAGAGCGAGUCAGAGCCACGUUCGAUCGACAACAGUUACGAAGAGGCCAGCUCACAGCCCGACCAUGGGCCAGACCCGAGGAGCAGUGAGGUCACGAGGGGUCACCCACAGCCGGAAAGCGGCCUCCAGAAAGGACCCGGCGUCCCCCAACUCCCCGGUUUUGGGCAGUCCGUACUGGAUGGGCUUUACCGAUUCCAUCGGCCGGACCCUGAGCUGCCUGCUGCGGGUAUUUAUGAGGAUGUGAGUGACGAACCACACGGGAAAGCCCCUCACUGUCCCCCCGACCGGAAGGACCAGAGGCAGGGUCUGCCGGGGCGCCCAGGCCCAGGGCCCGGUUUCUGUGCUGACGAUGAGCUCUUUGAAAUGUGGGGGGAGCUGGUCUGACCUCUGCAGCCUGCAGUCUCCGAACGCAGCAUGAAUACUGAGCCGGGCUCUCUGUGAGCCGCCUGCAAUCUCCUGCCUGAGCGUGCAAGCCCUCGCCCCCAGCCCACGCCUGCCAGCCCCGGCUCCACCCUGUCGUGCCAGUGUUCCCCCACGACC